GCUGUGAGAAGUGUUUUAUCUAUAAUAUAGUGAACAGGAAAACACUAACAGUUGUUUCUAUUUACAUCACUUUCAUUUUACUUUCAGUUCAUUUUUCAUGUCUGGAGCUGCCCAAAAAGAUCGAGCAAGUUGUCCGUUCAUAUCCAUGGCAAUGCAAUGACUGCAAAUCUUGUGAAGUCUGUAAAAGUGAUAAAUUUGAGGUAUAAAAAUAUGUCGAAAUAAAAUAAGAAAUAAGUUCCAUCUUGAAACUCGACAAGUAGAGACAAGAUUCAAUUAUAGUGAUAUUUCGAAUUUAUUAAGUCAAUCUCAUGAGAAAUUUGUAUAGUAUUAAAAUUCGAAAUAUUAUUGUCGAAUCUUAUCUCUUCUUGACGUGUUUCUCAGAUAUUGAGUUUCAAGAUGGACCAUCUAUUCGAAAAUUAUUUCUUACCUUUAUCAGGGAAUAUAUACUGUCAAUCCCAUCUAAGACAUUAUUUGCUGCUUUCUGAAAGACGUGUUAGAUAUCGUGAAACAGUUCCUAUAAUCCCAACUCUAACGUAACGACUGAUCCUAUUGAUAAACAGCAUGCAAGACGUGCACCAAUUUUCCGCCGCAUCAAGUUGACCAAUUUUCUUUCUCUUUUAAAAAUGUGAGUCAGACUGAAAGUUCAUCAAAUUCACUAUGUGGUUGGUGAAGACAAACUUUAUUAUUAACUAGGAGUUACUAUCGCAAGGAAAGUGGUACAUUUUUGCCACAUGAACUGAAUGAAAAAGUUUAUACUUCUAGACAAUUCUCUAAAGGGAAGUCUAUUUUUGACCCAAUGGCCUCAUUUCCACGUUUCAUCUGUAUUCAAAUAUCAUUGGUAGCAUUGCCAUGCUGCGCAUGAAGGUUAUAUCCCCUAUGUUUCCUGCACAAUUUUGUUCUUAACUAUUUAUUUGUUAAUAUCCAAACGUUUCGCCGGUUAAGGCUUCUUCAGUGGAUUGUUAGUAGCAAUAUUAAGAUCCUAUUAUAUAUAUAUACAAGCAUAUCUAAUUAAAAAUUCUAACUUAGUUCUAUUGUAACAAAAGUAAUCAACCUGCUAAUCAUGCACCAGUGCGUAGCUCCUAUUUGAAUCAAGUUCUAAUUAAAAGUGAUAUUAUUACGUACAAAAUGAUCGAAGAAGGUAAGAAAUAUGGCAGUAACAUUCUUAAACAUAAGAAAUUGCAUUAUACUACACCCCCCAAGAAUAUAAUCAUUACACCCACUGAUAAAACGAAACGACUAAUCGCUGUGGAUUCUAAAAUCUAUAACGACAUGUUGGUAAAAUCCACUAUCGAGACUGGCAACUACAAGGAACUUAAAAGAUUAAACAAACCCAGGACUGAACAAAUUAACUUUAAUCGUCGCCUUAACGAUGUGGCUAACAAAUAUCAAUUCAAUAACCCUAAGUUAUGUAAGGAUCUCAAAUCUACCAUCUGUAGUGAACCACUUCCUUGUUCGGCCUACUGUCUACCUAAGGACCACAAAUGCAUGCUGUGUGUUAGAUGUUAUUAUAUAAUAACGAUCACAUUAACUGUCGAUGUUCUGCCUUCAUUGAUUUAGAGAAAGCUUCUAUGCUGCGACGAGUGUGACCGAAGUUAUCAUACAUUUUGUGUGAAACCUAAAUUGGAUAGACUUCCGAAAGGUACUGUACUGUACACUCAACCAGUGUAUAUAAUAGGGGCGCUUUCAGACAAGAUAUUUUCAUUAACAGAAUUUUAUUAACAGGGGAAUGGAUAUGUCCGAAAUGCAAGAUUAACGUCAGUAAUAAAGAACUUUCCAGUAAAUCACCAAAUAAAUCACCGUUUCGCUCAAGUCCAAGUAGACCACUCACCCUUAAAGGACCUUUCGUAAAAUCUCCAGCAAAAACGAAACAGUCUGGUAGUUCUCCCAGUGCACAGAGUAAGAAAACUGCACUCCCUGGAAAAAGACAGAUAUUUGGGAGUUCAGACCAAAGCGUUGAUGACAGUGAUGAUUUUAUUGACAUUUGGGAAUUUAAAGAUGAAACCUCCGAGGAAGAACGAAAACCGAAAAGAAACCGCUCAGAAGAAUGUUGCACUUCGCCUAAAAAGAAAUCAGUUAAGCUAGAUGAGAGCAAAAUUCAGGGAGAGAAAACGAAAACUACACCAACAGCAGGAAUUGGUACAGGUAAAGUAUCCUAUGGUAUAAUUUUAUGUAAAUCUUCUCGUAUGCUGUACGUAUUCUGACAUUGAACGAGAAGUCAAACUCACAACACCUGGCCCUAUGUAGCUGCAACCUCGUUCCCAGGACGAGCCUGGGAACGAGGUUGAUGUAGCUGGUGCUUUUAAGGCGUUGGGGAGUUUCUUUCAUUUCGUUACCUGCACCUUAAUUCCCCAACCUCAGUAUUCUAAAUAUUAAAUAAAUAUGCUAUUUCUCGGAUCACUGCGAGAAAGGCCUGAAUUUAGCAAAUUUGAGGCUCAAUUCAUAGCACAUGUCAGUGACAUGUGUUUUAUUCUUGAGUUCCGGGAUUCCAUCACAUCUGGUGCUCAGCAAGUUGUUCUAACUUGUAUUCAGUUACGACCUGUACUAUCGAAACAAAAUCCACUUUCCUCCAAAAGUAUAAACGCAACAACGAGGUUUUAUUUCCCUUAGGUGAAAAGAAGUCAAGACAAAAGUAUAAAUUUCGUAAAGCGUGUCCAACGCCAGGCUGUGAUGGUUCAGGUCAUGCAUCUGGUGUGCUAUCUUCUCACCACGCUCCGUCUGGUUGUCCGUUGCUCCAUCGGAAUAAACAUAAACGGCAGGUUUGAUAUCUAAAUCUAGAUUAUUGUCAUGCACCAUCAAAUUAUUAAUCUUCAAGUUUUGUGUGUGUUCGUCUAUAAUUGCCACUAUGAUUUAUAUAUAUAUAUAUAUAUAUAUAUAUAUAUAUAUAUAUAUAUAUAUAUAUAUAUAUAUAUAUAUAUAUAUAUAUAUAUAUAUAUAUAUAUAUAUAUAUAUAUGCAGAUUGUACUGUGGUACAACACGGUGACUCAACGCAUCCAGACAUGCGCAGAGCGUAAUGGGGCCAUCACUCAGCUAAUGGAACAGCCCGAUAUGAAACAGCCCGAUAUGAAACAGCCCGAUAUGAAAAUACGCUGAGUUGUCAGUACUGCUACUGUUAUUACUGUCGCUGCAGCUGAGUUGUUAGUACUGCUAAUGUUAUUACUGUCGCUGCAGCUGAGUUGUUAGUACUGCUAAUGUUAUUACUGUCGCUGCAGCUGAGUUGUUAGUACUGCUAAUGUUAUUACUGUCGCUGCAGCUGAGUUGUUAGUACUGCUAAUGUUAUUACUGUCGCUGCAGCUGAGUUGUUAGUACUGCUAAUGUUAUUACUGUCGCUGCAGCUGAGUUGUUAGUACUGCUAAUGUUAUUACUGUCGCUGCAGCUGAGUUGUUAGUACUGCUAAUGUUAUUACUGUCGCUGCAGCUGAGUUGUUAGUACUGCUAAUGUUAUUACUGUCGCUGCAGCUGAGUUGUUAGUGCUGCUACUGUUAUUACUGUCGCUGCAGCUGAGUUGUUAGUACUGCUAAUGUUAUUACUGUCGCUGCAGCUGAGUUGUUAGUACUGCUAAUGUUAUUACUGUCGCUGCAGCUGAGUUGUUAGUACUGCUAAUGUUAUUACUGUCGCUGCAGCUGAGUUGUUAGUGCUGCUACUGUUAUUACUGUCGCUGCAGCUGAGUUGUUAGUACUGCUACUGUAGUUAUUACUGUCGCUGCAGCUGAGUUGUUAGUACUGCUAAUGUUAUUACUGUCGCUGCAGCUGAGUUGUUAGUGCUGCUACUGUUAUUACUGUCGCUGCAGCUGAGUUGUUAGUGCUGCUAAUGUUAUUACUGUCGCUGCAGCUGAGUUGUUAGUACUGCUAAUGUUAUUACUGUCGCUGCAGCUAAGUUGUUAGUACUGCUAAUGUUAUUACUGUCGCUGCAGCUAAGUUGUUAGUAUUGCUAUAAUGUUAUUACUGUUGCUGCAGCUGAGUUGUUAGUGCUGCUAAUGUUAUCACUGUCGCUGCAGCUGAGUUGUUAGUGCUGCUAAUGUUAUCACUGUCGCUGCAGCUGAGUUGUUACUCAAUGGAUGACCACAAUAUUGACAACUGCUUGUGCACUAAACUAUACAAGUCACUGGACCCUAAUCGUGAAAAUUAACACAUACUGUCCAUGUUGUAAAAAAUCCUAAUUGUCCUUAGAUACAUAGAGUCGCUUAUAAGUUUAAGUUUGAAUUUGGGUUAUUUGUGGACACGAUUAAACAGAAAUAGAUGGGCCAUUUGCUCAUUCCUUUUGGGGGCAGUGCAACUAUUGCAAAAUGCAUGCAGUCCAUUAUAUGUGCAUGACACUUGACUGUUUUCCUGGAACCAUAACCCUAUCUCAAAAAUUAAUGGACAGAAUUUCAUGAAAAUUUUUGCAAGGUUAUAUUGGGUUUUGCAAUCCAAAGCUACAAUCAAGGCCAAGAUUCAUGUAGACACUAGACACUCAAUCCACUUUUGGAUUUUUGAAAAAAAUCUAACAAAAUCCUAAAACUGGACUUUUUAGUCUUUACACUCGUGUACCCACUCCCCCUCUUUUAUUAUAGACUUAGUCAGUGUUAUACAAUUACUUUAUGGUUUCUGUGUUUGGAUGGCCUGAUCCAAACACGCGGCAAUGUUGCGAGAGUUAAGAAAAGCGCGCGAUAUCACGAGCCGAAGGCGAGUGAUUUUGCGCGCUUUUCUUAACUCGAGCAACAUUCCCAAGUGUUUGGAUUAGGCCAUCCAAACACGGAAACCAUAAAGUAAUUGUUUUAUAAAAUAACAACAACUCGAUAGUCUUCCGUGUUUGGAUGGCCUGAUCCAAACACGGGUUUCGACCAAUCAGAGCACGCGUUAUAUACAUGUUAUUUUAUAAUUAAUUUUAUAAAUAAUAUUAGUUUAUUUAUUAACUACCCACUGUCGAUCCUACUAAUUACUGCCCGGUACAAAAAUACUUACCCGUUGUGUUGCUAUUAUAUAUAUUUAAAUGAAUACUAAGAUCUACUAAGUAUGAGACAGUAUAAACGUGAAUAAUAAACAUUUGAACAUGCACAAGAGCCACGGGAGAAAUCACUUAUAAUUUCGCCAAAAGCAUCCCAGUGCGGAAUUUUUAGAAACAGUAAUAAUUGCACACUUGAACUGUGCGUAUUUUUGGGCUUCUUAUUGUCUUGCUUGCUUAGAUUCAUCACAGAAACAGCACAAAGCAUUCCAAUAUUCUAUAUUGAAAUGUUAUGCAUCAAUAUACCCGUAUAUAAAUAUUACAUAUAUACAGUUUAUUCUAUGACUAUGACUGUCUAUGUACAUAAAUACUGAAGCUGUUUCCCAUGAUUUUGUCCUCUGCUCUAGUUCUCCGAAAGUUUCUGACUUACCGUUACGUGAGAGUAGAUACUCUUAAACCGUCAAUAAUUCCAAACAGGUUCGUGUCCACGAACAAAACGUAAUCAAAAUGAUAUUUCGUCUCUAUUCUUUCUUACUGACAUCGUGUGUCCAUAUGUAGUUUGUUUACUGUGCUAUUAAUUUACGUUUGCAACAGCUGUAGUUAGUGAAGUUGCAACGUUUCGACGUCGCACAGUGUCAGUUCUAAUGUAUUACAAAUAAUGUUCAGUUGUCAAAGCGAAUCAAGGCGACAGUCGUUAAGCCAAAAGCUUGCAUGGGCUUUGUGACAUACUGUGUAGGAAAGUUGCAGUGUAUUUUCAUUGAAGUACUUUCCCGCAAAACAUUCGACAAUAUGUUAUGGUUCUUAAUUAUAAUACUUGACAACUUUAUUUUGAUUAUUUAAUUCAAAUAAAGAUUAAUUUGUUCUUUUACCGAAAGUGACCGGUCAAAAUGACUGACAAGGCAAGAAUUUGACCUGACAACUCCGCAUUCUGGCCGGACAUUGUCCGUUGACUGGCCGUGAUUUCGUGCUCUGUUUGGCCCGGAUUGUAUACAUGACGUAGAAUAUACAACCAUCUGGUGGUAGACAUGAACAUAAGUAUCACAUGCAGUGCUCUUUAUAUAAUUUAUCGUGUUAUAAAUGAGAUUAAUUUAGAUAAAAAUAAAGUCUUUUAAUUUUUACUUUUAGUCCACUGAGAAAAAAGAACGGCCAAGAAAAAAAUUGAUAAGAUGUUCCGAAUCACCUAGAAGACGAAGUCAGAGAAAACCGGUAAAAAAUCCGUAUAAUAUAUGGGCAUCACUUUUCGCGUACAUAAGUGAGUGGCAUGCUGCAAGAAGAAAUUGAGUGCUGGCUAUGUAGAGGUGAAACGCAUUCGCACUUAUUUGGACUUGAUAUACAAGUCGACUUGCAUAUUGAGAUGUUUAUACAGUAUGUGUAUUUAGACUGUCUGUCGAGCGAAUAGAAAACGAGUGAAGAAUAAAAAAUUAUUGAGUGGCUCUUGAGCGAGUAAAAUUUCCCUCUCGCCGCUUUAAGGAAAUUGAUCUUAACCGCGCAACCAGUGGCGGACACCUUGCGAAAUAUGGGGGUGGGGGGAUGGUUAGGUUGCCAACAUGUGAAAUUGUGACCACCUUUUGUAGCUUAUUUAUAAUUUAUAGCCUGUAUACCACUGUCUGCCACUUCGCGCAGCUAAUAUAAACAUAAUAAUUCUGAAGAUUGAAUGCGACGUAAUAAUAUUAUAAUCAAUGCAAGUGUUUAUGACUUUAACAAACCAGUAAUUACCUGUGGUCAGUGUUUUGGAGCUACGUACUCCCCCUCCCCUAAAACUAAAAAAAAAUGGUUGCGCACCUUAUAUCACCAUUAGUCAUUUUACCUCGCUUCAAUAUGGUGAAUCCAUAAUCAUGCAGUGUACUAUAUAAAAUGCAAUUGAGAAACUGGUGCAUUCUAGUUUCUUAAUUUGACCUUAUCAAUAGUUUCUAAGAUAUCUUUCCUUUUGUAAUAGAUUCCCGUUUCUAAUGAAUUUUAUCUUACCCAUAUUCUGAAAGUGAAUAUCCCGUCCCUACCAAAACAGUAUGCCCAAAGCUUCGCUAAGGGCAAACAAGAAACCAAAACUCCUGCUGAGAGUUCAAAUGCAAGAGCUCGUGAAACAACGACUCCAGUGACCAAGACUCCUAUCUCAGCAGCUUGUCAUAAUAAAUCAGUGUUUAGUAAAGAAGAAGAAGACAAGUUGAGAAAACUCGUGACAGAGUACGACUUUAGUAUGUUCAUGAAGGCCAGAGAGAAAGCUGCGAAGAUGGUGGUAAGAGAGACGUUGUAUUAAAAGAAUACUGUUUUAGUUACCUUUAUUUUGCCAGAAUGACGGGUCAACACUACAUAGCCUAUAUUUCUCCAUUUCAUGACCCUUUUGUCCUUGAAUAUAAAUGUAAUAUGAAUAUACAUUAUUCACAACACAUCCUAUCAAAGACUGGUCUGCAUACUACACGGGCGAAAUUUAACACAUUAAACGUUUCUGGGACAUCAUUGUCGAAUAUUUGUUUUCAUACGUUGGUCAAUGGUGACGUACGUUACCUUUGCGGAUUUGUGGUGCUUGUUGGCUAAAAAUUCUAUACUUCUGUUUUGAACAUUCAAAGUUGACUUUAAGCAGUCAUUUAUUUUGAUUUGGAAGAUCUAAAAAAAAUAGUCUUUAGUCAGCCGUACUCCCUUAGAUCAACCAAACAACUAUAUCAUGGAAAUACAUUAUUCAUAGCGCUCCAAAACAAUCUUCAUUUCAUGCAGGUCAAUAGAAUUUUUACCCUAGGCAGACAGAGUAUAGUUUUGGAUGCAAAAUGAUUAGUGGUUGUCCAGAUAAAAAUACUGCGUGCAUGACUCCUGUUGUGCAUGACGUGACAUGCAUAUCCACAAAAAUGGAAGAUGGCGGACAUUUCAUUCCUUUCGAUCAAAAUAUUUGUAGAAGUAAGCAAGACAUGAAAAACGGUAAAAGAAUAUUAUAUAUAGUCUUAAAAGUUCUUUUAAAUGAGAAAAUAAAAAAAUAUGUUGCCAUUUCCCUUUAAAGUAUGUUGUGAAAAAAUGUUUAUUUAUAAAUUGACUUUUUAAUGGGGAAACGAGCCCUGCAGAUCUGAGCAGUUACUUUUGCAAGAAAUAGUAAGCUUGAUCAGGAAAAACCUUUUUGCAUGUGUGGUUUCCUUAUACUGAUUUUCAACUUGUUGAUACUGGUUUGAAACUGAAAGCUACAUGCAGUAUAUACAGUACACUUAUGCAUUGCUAAUUACUAUUUAACAAUUAUUCGCCUCAGGCUCGGUGAUUAUCGGAGAAUAUUCGCCGAGACGAAGUCGAGGUGAAUAUUCCCCGAUAAUCAUCGAGCCUGAGGCGAAUAAUUGUUUUAGUAUUUUUACACAAGCUUUUGUGUUUUUUGAGACUGAACUUAUUUUAAUUUCGCUUAUUUCUUUGUCAGUAAACUUCCACAAAACGGGUAGACGCCAUUUUGAAAAUUUCUGUAUAACACCUGUAGGUGAAUAUAACAGCUUACUGUAUUACGUCAAAUUUGACCAAUCAACGUGUAGGAUUUGUUAUGUUCACUUGUGCAAAAAUACGAAAAAGCUAUAUGAUAAUUGCUGUCAUCUGCAAAACAUUUUGGAUAAAAGAAAAUGGGUAUACAUCCCACAAGGAAUUUUACACUUCCUGUUCAUUCUAACACCUAUAAAUAUCGUUCUCCCACUAUAUAUAAUUAAGUAUUUGUAUGAACAAACUACAAAGUUGUGAUCAAGAGAAUAUCAUGAUUGUCGUUUCUUUGUUAGGGUACAAUUGAGCCAACUAGCACCAGUUGCAACAUCCGUAGGAUUGAAUUUGGCAUGAACGAUAUUGAUGCCUGGUAUUCAUCUCCUUAUCCGCAAGAAUAUUUCCAUCUUCCCAAAGUUUAUGUCUGCGAAUUCUGUCUUAAGUACAUGAAGAGUUUGACCAUCUCAAGAAGGCAUAAGGUGAGUGCAUGGCAUUUGAAUUUUUAACCAUCUUCCUGUUUGCAUCGGACCCUGGAAGCGUCACUAUAUGUUAACUUACUUUGUCUACAGCGGUAUUUUAAAAUGUAUAAGACACCCGCCAGUAAGGAAAGUAUUGCAUCCUGUGAAAGUACUGUAAUCACAGAAUUCCUUAAAAAAUUCUGGGAUUUUACUUUAGCAAACAUUUUUAGCCGAAAUUUACUAAAGGACAAAUUACUGUUAAAAGAACAAUUGUAUAAUAGGAGCCUACAGAAACUACAGAAAUGCCUCGCGGCAACACGCCUGCUAUGCAGGCUGCAGAAGACCCAAACGGAUUAUUUCAAGCACGAACGGGAAAUCUGCAUGAUUGUACGGCUGUAUAGUAUAUAUAGAGUGUAUAAAAAUAAUUAAAUUUCCACUAAACUGUAAAUUUUGCAACGUUUGUGAAGUAUAUCUGAAUAUGGGUAGUUAAGAUCCUCACUAAAAAUGGCUUGCGCUCAAAAAUGGAGGGGUAAAACGCGAUUUCAAUUCAUAGGGGUAAGAUUAAAGUUUUCUUUAUGAACUAUCAAAGUACAAAACAAUUUGAAGUACAUUAAGUCCCUCCCCCGCAUUGUUCCGUUCACCAAAACGUGGACUUAAAUUUCGUGAGUAAAAUUUCAUGAAUAUUGAUUUCAUAUAUUUGAUUCUUUACCAUUUCAUGCAUGAUUAAUACAAAGAGAAAAUGUAUUUCCACCUCUUAUGGGCACUUAUAAAAGUUAUGGAGCACUUUAGAUCUUUUUAUACGUUUUACUCGUGCUCUUAACGGGGUUCCUUCGACCCCUGGAAAUCCUGGAUUUUUAUUUCAGUCCUGCAAACUCCUUGCAAAGUCCUGGAAUUUCAAAGUGAACCCUGAAAAAAUGUGUGUGUAUAAGAUAUAUGUACUUAAAGUAUAACAGGUUCUGUUUCAAUAUGAUUGAUUACAAAACGUUCUUAUGCAUAGCAUAUAGAAUCGAUAGUGAUAUUAUUUGAUAGGUGAUCAAGGUGGCCUGGGACGAAUUCCAUUACUUGGUCUCAGGUUACAUCUUGAGCUGACCAUCCCCUAUAAAGGGCCAACACCUUCACACCAAUUGUAGCCUGCGAACAGGCUCUCAAGACCAAUUGAAAUAAUUGGUGGAAAUUUUACACAAAACUCGAAAACAAGUGCUCUUCAACAUUUGCUCCGCGCAUGAUAACUGAUGCCAAACACUCUAUCACUCUCAAAUUACAUACCCCCUCGGUCACGUGGCGUGCAGACGUAUUGAAACAUGGUUACCUAGCUGUUAACCUUGGUUAUUGCAUAACCUCAAAAGUUGUCGAAUUACUUUUCUCAAUUUCAAAUACCCUGAAACACGAGAUGAAAAAAGUCCUUGAAAGUCUUGAUACAAACCCUGGCUUAUUGUAUCCUGUGAUGUUUGUGAAAAGAUAGUUUUCUACUUCUUAAUUUUUUUAUGAUUACAGGCGAAGUGUAAAUGGCGCUAUCCACCUGGUGAUGAAAUAUAUCGCAAGGGGAAUAUUUCGUUCUUUGAAGUCGAUGGCAAAAAGGAAAAGGUAUUUACUUGAGUAAAUCAUUAACUGGUUAGCACCACUCUCUUUGAUGACUGGACAUUCCCUCCUUUCCGUUGUCUUUUGAAAAGAUGGAAAUAUGGGAAAUUGUAAAGAUUGCUUUUUAAUCAUCACGACUGAAUAAGUGCACCAAUCGAGUCUCGUACAUUUAAGAUUCGUUUUCAUCGUUAAACGAUUUUUUGUAGAAAGAGUUUCGCGAAAUUGAAAACUCAUUUUCAAAAUUACGCGACCAACCAAUAAUAUUUUGAGUUGAAAAGUGAGUUUUACGCCAUUUUCUUCCUUCCCCUUUCUUGUCUUUCCACUUUCAUCCUCUCACGUGUUUUGAAACCUUGAUCCAAUCGGGGUUUAAAGCCUCAAAUGCAUGCUGAACCAACUGAGCUAACCGACAAUCAAUGCUUGUAUUACUGUUGUCUAUUAUAUAUUAUGGUCGUCUUUAAUUUUUAUGAUAUACUCUAGUAUUGUCUAUCUUCUUCUAGACCUAUUGCCAAAAUCUUUGCCUGCUAGCCAAGCUCUUUUUGGAUCAUAAAACCCUUUAUUACGAUGUGGAACCGUUCCUGUUCUACAUUUUGACACAACGUGAUAACACUGGAUGCCAUUUAGUUGGAUAUUUUUCUAAGGUAAGAUUUGAGUCUUAUUUUAAAAAAUAUCACUCGUGUCAAUUGUCAUGUUAUAUAUAAAACAUAAUUGUUUUUUUUUCAUUUCCAGGAGAAGAAAUCUCGUCUGAGCUACAAUGUUUCCUGUAUUUUGUGUCUGCCACCCUACAUGCGCCGUGGUUUCGGAAAAAUGCUUGUCUCGUUCAGUAAGGGCCAUCAUUUAUGUGUAAUUAAAUUGUCAUUAAAGUGCUUAUAUAUGCAUUCGCAUUCCUUCAGUGGGGUACUAAGAACUAGAUGCCUGUGGUCAGGCUCCCUCAGUGAAUAUAAUUCACAAAACAGUCGUUCAAAUUUAUGAAUGUAAACAUAAUGCGAAUAUAAACAUUUACUAUCUUUUUCUUUACAAAAUUUACAUUUAUAAAUGGAGGACUCACCUUGAUCCAAACAACAAGAAUACCUAACUGUGUAUACUAUUUCCUAUAUUUGUUUUAAUUUUAGGUUACUUAUUAUCGCGCAGUGAGGGUAAAACAGGCUCUCCCGAGAGACCUUUGUCAGAUCUAGGCCUGAUAAGUUACAGGAGUUAUUGGACUGAGAUAGUGCUUGGAUUCUUGAACGACAGCGAAGAUAACGCUAUAUCUAUCAAAGGUAUAGAUAUUUCGAUUCUUAUUGUUUGUCAUAGUACUCCAUGUAUAUACUGUUGAGAAGCAUGUGAAUAAUUUAUAUUUUAUGUUUAAUUGGAUAGCUGGAAGUAAGACAUUGACAUUGAACCUUAAUUAGGGGUGGGGACAAUUUUAGGGCGUUGUUGUGUUUUAGUAUAGUUUUUGUAUUUUUUGUGAUAUCGUAAAUUUAAGUUAGUAUUGUUAUUUUUCGCAUACAUAUCGAACGUUUAUAGUCUCGUGAACACAUAAUAUACCCCCUGUGGUUCUCCAGCACACUACACAUAUAGAGAUGAAAAAAAUGUUCACGUUAGCAGAAAUAACAAUACAGAAAAUUAGGAAAAUAAAGUAGCAUGCAAAGGAUAAAGAAAUCAGCCAUUUUUUCUAUGGAUACUCCAAGAAAAACAUGAUUCGUCAGAUAAUGUACGUAUUCGAAAUUAUGUUUCGUCAGAUAAUGUACGUAUUCGUAAUUAUGUUUUUGGAAUAUCGGUUUUUUAAUAAAAAAACUGUUUGAUUGUUUCCAAGCCAACAAAAGUGCAUGCAUAUUAUUCUGCAUGUGACUAAGUAAAUAAAAACUUGAGUAAAAUAAUGCACCCACAGUGACUCAAAAUAGUGAGUAAUAGCAAAUUUACUUAUUUUUUAGUAAAGUAAAUCUUUACUCAAAAAAAUUGAGCAAAUUUGAAACUUUACUUGACAUGUUUUUCAGCCAAAAUACUUAGGGAUAUUUUGCAGUACUGAAAAUGCAUGUAUGCAUAAAUUUGGUCUGCUGCAAAAAAUUUUGUGAUCCACAUGUUAACAUACUGUUGGUUAUACGUGCAUGGUCACCACGCUUGCCUUUCAAGCUUGCAGAUCCGGCCUCUACUCAGGUCUUAAAAUAAUUGAGGGGAAAGUUAUACCUUUACAUUGACAUCAGUAAAUACAUGGUUAGUCUUUUCGGAUAAGGAGGUUAAUAUCGUAGGUAUAUACCCGGACCCUCUGUCAAUUGGGCAAUAACCUGUUAGGAAAUACGCUGACCAAUGAUUGCAUGAGAAACCCAAUAAACUUUCUACGGUGAGUACUAUAUACUAAAACUAUAAACCGUGCAUGCUUUUACUUUUCUCUUUCUAGACAUCAGUGUAGUGACAGGAAUUAACACAGCCGAUCUUAUCAGUACUUUGCAAUAUCUGGGAAUGCUUAAGUAUUGGAAAGGGAGUCAUAUUAUUUUGAAACGUGAGGUAUGUCAUUACGCAACCAUAUACACUGUAUGUUUCUUUUUUGAAGAAAAAGCAUUUCAAAAUACAGUUUUAUUACUGAAAUAGUCUUUCCCCUUUCUAUUUCAUACAAACUUAAUUGGUAAGUACGAGAUACAGUAUAUAUUAACUAGUUGCCCCAUAAUUAAUUAAUCAUAAACUAUCCAUGCAUGCAGUAUGAGCUUAAUAUUUACAUGGAGAUAGGGUGACCCGAGUUGAAGGGCUACGUUGCAUUUACAGUUCAUUGAGCUAUGUUUUUACAUGACUCUAAAAAUAACUCACGAUUAACCUGGCGAAUGUUUUAAGAAAUAUCACCAAAAUAAAAGGAAUUAUGAUCAAUCGCAUAAAUAACCGGAGCAUUUCAUGAAAAUCUAGCAUGCUUAGUGGUCACAAGCUGUAAUACCCUGCACUGACAAAAUAGCCCUGUUAGUAGGGUGACCAUACCUCAUGUAAACACCUGACUCUUCUUACCUUCUUGGUAGCCUAACCCUGGAACUAGGGUAAAUAUGUUCUGAAAAGGUUAGAAAAUUUUUCAUAUCACCUCUUAUUCGUUUGGAGUGCAGUUUCUUGCAAUGUGGUUGCAACUUAGUUAGGACAUAUUAACGCUUACUAUAACACAACAGCUUGAUCGAAACUUGAGUGCUUCCUCACUAUCGUGACUGAUCAUCAUGAUCUUCAUUUCCUAGGACUUACUUAAAGAAUAUCAGGAGAAAAUAAGGAAUCGUCCACCAGAUUAUGUGGUAGUUGACCCCAAUUGCCUAAAAUGGACACCACCAGAUAUGAGGGAUGAAAAAUCGUGAAAAAAGAGAAGUCGAAAUUGUUUGCUUCCAGACAGGUUCUGCAUUUUGAUUAUGCAUGCAGUGAUAACAGACAAACAUCGAAUUUGACUGUUGAGUUUAAGUUUUUGUAUAUACAAUUAUUCCAAAUUCGACAGAAUGAUAGCAUGUUUUUUUCAUGUAGUUUAGUGUUUAAAUAAUUUUUCCAACUCCCGAGUGAUGUUGUUUUAUUGUUGAACUACGUUUUUGUUCUGAUGCAAUAACUUGUAUUUGGUAAAUUGUUUCACUAAAGUAGUAAGGUACAGUAUGCUAUCUAUUUUCAAGGAUCAGUAUACGCUCAAAUUUUCCAGGCCAACAAAACGCAUCUCUACAAUGCUGGGGUAUACUGCGUACGAUAUGACUAGUUAAAAUUCGGUGUUUUAGACUUCGUGCUUCGAUUCUUGAGUGUUGUAAAUAGGAGGGGAAUAUUUCCUUUAAUUGUAUAUGUAAUUAGCCGUAGUAUAUAAAUUUGCAUGCAUAAUUAAUAAAGUGAUUGCCUUCUUGUGCAGUUCUCUCUGGGCUGCAUAAUAUCAAAGUGAAUCCGUUUGAAU